AUGGCUCGCAAGGACCUCAAGUCGCUGGUACCUCAACCGAGACUCUACAAGAAGCCGCCGUUCACCAUCGAAGUGCCCGGUCUCGAAAAGGUCGAGGGCGAGACCAUUCCGCGACGAAAUGUCAAAGCCAAGGACGGCUUGUUCGAGACACCAGACCCAGAGGUCAAGACUGUACACGAUAUCCUACGACGAUCUAGCCGCAAGUUUGGCAAUGCAAAGGCGCUCGGAAAGCGCAAGCUCGUCCAACUGCAUGUCGAGAACAAGAAGGUGAAAAAGACGAUCGACGGCAAGGAACAAGAGGUGGACAAAAAAUGGACAUACUACGAGCUUUCCCCCUACGAGUACAUGUCGUUCAGCGAGUUCGAGGCAAUGGCGCUGAGCAUCGGUCGCGGCUUCCGCUCCUUGGGCAUGAAGGCUGAGGACCGCGUGCACCUGUUCGCUGCGACUCACCCUUACUGGCUUGCAGUCGCUCAUGGUGCUUUGAGCCAGAGUAUGCCCAUCGUCACUGCUUACGACACUCUCGGCGAGGAGGGUCUGAAGCACUCGCUACUUCAGACCAAGGCGAAGGCCAUCUUCCUCGAUCCCCACCUCCUAGCGACGCUCAUCAAGCCGCUCCAGGAGGCCAAGGACAUCCAACACGUUGUCUACAACGACGACAAAUCGCCCACAGCAGUGAGCGAUGAGUCAACCAUCCAGGCAGACAUCAAGAAGCUCAAGGAAGCUCAUUCACACCUCACGGUGCUCAGCUUCAGUGAAUUCAUCAAGAAGGGAGAGGAGAACAAAGUCGAUACCGUGCCACCAAAGCCCGAAGAUCUCGCUUGCAUCAUGUACACAUCCGGCUCUACCGGUACACCCAAGGGCGUACUUCUCACGCACAAGAACGUUAUUGCUGCCAUCGCUGGCGUCGAUGUUGUGGUCGGCCCAUACCUUGGCCCUGGCGAUGGUCUCCUCACAUAUCUCCCACUGGCUCAUAUCCUGGAGUUCAUGUUCGAGAAUGCGUGCUUGUUCUGGGGUGGCACCAUGGGAUACGGCAAUCCGAAGACAAUUUCCGACAAUUCCAUGCGCAACUGCAAGGGCGACAUUGCUGAGUUCAAACCCACCAUCUUGGUUGGCGUUCCUGCAGUCUGGGAGACUGUCAAGAAGGGCGUUCAGGCCAAGGUGGCGCAACUGAAUCCCAUUUCACGAAACUUGUUCUGGGGUGCGAUGUCAGCCAAGGGCUUCCUGAUGCACAACUCUGGCUACGUGCCUGGGUCUGCAGCUGGUGCAAGCAUCAUGGACAAUGUUGUUUUCAAAAAGGUUGCAGCGGCGACAGGCGGUCGACUGCGCAUAUGCCUGAAUGGCGGUGGACCCGUCGCUCAAGACACGCAGAGAUUCGUCUCCAUGUGCAUUGCACCCAUGAUUUCAGGAUACGGUUUGACUGAGACCGCCGCCAUGGGUGCAAUUACGGAUCCACUCGCGUAUACUGACGGCGCGCUUGGUGAGAUUCCUGGCUCGGUCGAGGUCAAGCUUGUGGACUUUGCGGAUGCUGGAUACUACUCCACGAACAGCCCUCCGCAGGGAGAAAUCUGGAUCCGUGGAGCCCCAGUCACAAGCGGAUACCUGGAUUUGCCCAAGGAGACCGAGGAAUCCUUCACCUCCGAUGGCUGGUUCAAGACCGGUGACAUUGGAGAAUGGAACAGCUACGGCGAGCUCAAGGUCAUCGACCGCAAGAAGAAUUUGGUCAAGACUCUCAACGGCGAGUACAUCGCACUGGAGAAGCUCGAGUCGGUCUAUCGCGCCACGACUGUCGUUGGCAACAUCUGUGUCUAUGCAGCUCAGGAUCAAAACAAACCGAUUGCCAUUAUCGUACCUGCUGAACCUGCCCUCAAGUCGUUGGCCAAGGAGAACGGCAUUGACGGGCACGGACUUGGAGAUCUCUGCCACAACCGCAAGAUGAACGACGCCGUACUGAAGGAGAUGCAAGCCACCGGCAAGAAGAGCGGCCUCUCGCCGUUUGAGAUCAUUGAAGGUGUGGUGCUUGUUGAUGACGAGUGGACCCCUGAGAGUGGACUUAUUACUUCCGCCCAGAAGCUGCAGCGAAAAGCCAUCACCGAGAAAUACAAGGACGGCAUCAACAAGGCCUACGGAAAGAAGUAA